CACUAUGACAGCACUGCCUGAAGGACAUGGCCACUUCCCGCUUACCCCCAGCGACACUAACGCUAAAGCAGUUCUUGAGAAGGCAACAAGUUCUCCUUCUCUACAGAAGGAUCUUGCAAGCAAUUCGACAAGUUCCAAAUGAUUCUGAUCGCAAAUAUCUGAAAGAUUGGGCAAGAGAAGAAUUCAAAAGAAACAAAAGUGCCACUGAAGAGGAUACAAUCCGGAUGAUGAUUACACAAGGCAAUAUGCAGCUCAAGGAGUUAGAAAAAACACUUGCUUUAGCAAAAUCUUAACUAUAGCAUUAUCCCGAAAGAUUUUCAAAGUCUCCAUGUGUCUUGUUGAGGUUAGGCUCAACGACGGCAGCCCAAAGCCAAGUCAAACUGUUUGUAUGUACAGCACUCUAGCAAAAUAUCAGAACAUGGAGCCUGGCAUGUCACAGAGCAAAGAAAAGCCCCAUCGGAACAAUUGCCGUAACACUGAAAAACAUAUCCUAUAUUUUGAAAAUAUUUCUGGAUUUGUCAGAAGGUUUUGUAAAAAGCAAAAAAACCUGUACAACAAAUGGUUAAUUAGAACAUAAAACAAUACUCAACACCAUUAUUUAUCUGGGAAAUGCAAAUAAAAACUACAAUGAGAUACUACACACCCACUAAAAUGGCUGUAAUUAAAAAAGGAGAGGGUAACAAAUCAUGGUGAAUAUGUGGAGAAAUUAGAACCCUCAUACAUUGCUGGUGGAAAGAAAAAAUAGUGCAGCUACUUUGGAAAACACAUUGUCAGUUACUCAAAAGGUAAAACAUAGUUACCUGACUCAGCAAUUUUACUCCUAGGUUUCCAACCAAGAGAAAUGAAUACACACAUCUACAAAACACUUGUACACAAAUGUUCAUAGCAGCAAAAUUUCAUAAUAGCCAAAAAAGUAGAAACAAUCCAAAUGCCCACCAACUGAUAAAUGGAUAAAUGAAAUAUGGCAUAUCUAUACAAUAAAACAUUAUUCAGCAGUAAAAUGGGGAAUGAAGUACUGAUACGUGCUACACACAGAUAAACCUUGAAAACUUAAGUGAAAGAGGCCAAUCACAAAAGAUCAUAUACUGUUUAAUUUCAUUUAUAUGAAAUAUGUGGAAUAGGCAGAAAGAUUAGUGGCUGCUAAGGCUUUGGGUGGAAUGGGGAAUAACCUGAUCUAGGUUUUCUCUGUGGGGUGAUGAAAAUAUUCUAAAGUUAGAUUUUGGUGUUGGUUGUACAACUCUGUGAAUAUACUAAAAUCCAUUGAAAUGCACAUUUCAUAUGUAUAGUAUAUGAAUAAUACAUCAAUAAAGCUGUGUUUAUUUUAAAAAAUUUUUUUCCUUGACCCAGAGA